GGAGUGUGGGCUCAGCUUCCUCAACUGCCAGACAUCUCCCUUCAGCAAAUUACUCUUGGCACCAGGACCACAGCUUGCCAAUGCACAUGGAAAGAAGGUGCUCCCUUUGGAGGUGACACCCACGGCCCCACUAUAAAUGCAGCCCAGGCAGGGCAGGGGCCGGAGCUAUGAUCCCGAGCUGCUGUAACACCCACUGAGCCUCGGCUGCCGACACCAUGAGCUGCUCCCAGAGCUCUUCCAGCUGCCUGCGAGGGGGCAGCGGGGGCAGCCAGCACGGCUCUGCAUCAGCACACAGAUACACCACGUCCAGGGCGGGCAGCUCCAGGAGCAGCUGCGGGGCGUCGAGCUUUGGGAGGAUGAGGAGCAACAGCUACGGAGGGGGAAUGAGCAGCGGAAUGGGGGGCAGCUCCUAUGCAGGGGGAUGGAGUGCGGGCACCUAUGGAGGGACGAUGCGCUGUGGCGGCAUGGGAAGUGGAUUUGGAGCAGGAGGGAGCGGGUUCAGUGCUGGGUAUGGAGGGAGCUUUGGCUCAGGCAGUGCUGGGUUCAGUGCUGGCAGCUUCGGUGGCGGUGGCUUUGGUGGAGAGAACAUGGGAAUCCUGUCCAACAAUGAAAAGCUGACCAUGCAGAACCUUAACGACCGCCUGGCUUCAUACCUGGACAAGGUCAGAAGUCUGGAAAGAGAAAAUGCUCAACUCGAACAAUUGAUCAGGGAGUGGUACCAGAAACAAGGUCCUACAGGAAGAAAGGACUACAGCCACUACUACAGCACAAUUGAAGACCUUCAGAAUCAGAUUCUGACUGCAGCUGUGGAGACCAACAAAAUACUUCUGAACCUGGAUAACACAAGGAUGACUGCAGAAGACUUCAGGACAAAGUAUGAGACCGAGUACGGGCUGCGGCAGCAUGUGGAGGCCGACAUCAACACGCUGCGGCCGCUGCUGGACAGCCUGACUCUGACCAGGUCUGACCUGGAAAUGCAAUUUGAGUCCCUAAAAGAAGAGAUGAUCAGCCUCAAGAAGGACCACGAGGAGGACAUGAAAUCACUGCAGUCACAAUCUGGUGGUGACGUGAAUGUGGAGGUCAAUGCUGCUCCGGGAGAGGAUCUGCUGAAAAAACUGAAUGAUAUGAGACAAGAAUAUGAACAAAUUAUCCAGAAAAACCGUCAAGAGGUUGAAAGUUGGUAUGAGAACAAGAUGGAAGAGGUGAGCCAACAAGUCCACACGAGUGGUAAGGAACUGGAAUCAAGCAACCAACAGAUCUCUGCGCUGAGACGUGACUAUCAGAGCCUGGAAAUUGAGCUGCAGUCUGAGCUCAGCAGGGUGGGAGCUCUGCAGUCCAACCUGGAGGACACAGAACGCCGCUACAACAUGCAGCUGCAGCAGAUCCAGGCCAUGAUUGGCCCCUUGGAGGAGGAGCUGGCCAGCAUCCGCUGCGAGAUGGAGAGCCAGAACCAGGACUACAAAGUGCUGCUGGGCAUCAAGACCCGCCUGGAGCAGGAGAUUGCUCAGUACCGGGCACUGCUGGAGGAAGGGCAGCAUGGUAUUAGCAUCUCACAGGGAGGAGCUGGUGGUGGAUCUUCUGGAGGACACGGACACGGAGGAACAAGUGGGUCUUCAACACGAGGUGGAAGCGGAGGAGGAAGCAGCUGGUGCUCGGGUGGAGGAUCUGGUGGAAAAUCUGGAGGCGGAGGAGGAGGCAGCAGAGGAGGAGGAGGUGGAGGCUGUGGAAAAGCUUCAGGCGGAGGAGGGAGCAGUGCUGGGGGAGAGGGGGGCAAAAGCUGCCUCUCCCGCUCAUCAUCCUCCCACUCCCAGUCUGGCAGCUCCUGUGAAAGCCCAGGGAGUUUCAGGAGGUCUGAGUACUGACGGGUUCGGCUCCUGGGGGCUUCAGCCACAGCGCAAUGAGAGGAGCAUCCCUGUUCCAUCCCAGCUGCAACUCAGGGCUCUGCCCAGCUGCCUCUCCACCUGAAUUUCUGUGCUGAAUCAGUGAUAACUGUGUUAAUCUCUACCGUGAUUGGUACUUCUGUGGGAAAAAGACUACUCUCAUUAAUAAAUCUUUACUUCUCUCUGAUGCAACCAGAUAGCUGCAUCUGGCAGCAGCCUCCUUUAGCAUUCAUUCUUGCAUGAAUUGGUCACAAAUGUCACACCCUGCCUGUGGAAUACACAAUAACAGCUCAAUUAGGUUACUCAAAAGACCCCAGAGCUCUCAGCAGCACAUUCACCACUUCAGAGAACUGCCAAAGUCCCGCGAGGUG